AUAAGCGAAUUUGCUUUUCCAUUUAUUUAUUUUUAUUAUUUAUUGUUUUUUUGGCUGCAGUGGUUCGUUUGGUGUGAAUUGCGCAUUCUUUUUCUACUUUAUUUUUCUUUUUUUCCUCUAACAACGAAUCACAAUAACAAAACGACAAGCCACAAGGGAAUUUUUCGAUAGAAAGCAAAAAAAAGUGAAUCAACUUUUAAGGAAAUUCAAUGGGGAAUUCAACCUCAAAAGGCGAAUAUGUUGGUGACCAGUUCGAUGGCAAACAGAAAUCUUCAGCAUCAGCAAAUUCAAAUGAUGCAACGACAUCAGCUGUGACAACAGCUUCUGCCGCUGUCAUGCUAAAGGUUGAGCAGUCCAGUACAAUGAACAGAUCAGCCUCUGGCGCAGAUGUCAGCGAAAAAUUCUUAACACAACUAGUGCCAAUUGAAAAGCUAUCAAUACAACUAAAGGAGAGCUCUUCCAAGUUUGGUGUUAAUGGCAUUGUGGCUAAUGUGUUUGUGAACCAAGUAUUCCCUCUUUAUAAAGAUUUGGGUGAGCGUUUAUUUCGUUUAAUGCACAUAUCUUCAAAAGCAACCACAUCUUACCUUGGCACAGUGGCAUUUCGUCAACAAUGUGAGCGUUUUCUUGGCAUAAUGGACGACGCCAAAGUGUUAGAAUGUUAUGUAAAAAUGUUUGCACAAGAAGAUAAUCCUGACUUUAUUGAUAAAGAGGGCGUAACACGUCUUUUACUUACAUGUUAUACAAUAGCAAUGCAACAUUCAGGCAACGCAGUGCGUUGCCCUGCGUUGAAUCGCACAUUUGAGUCAGUGACCAAGAGCAUAUUCUUUUCACACGACUGCUUAAGUAUAGGCUAUGUGUCCCGUUGGUUUGAACAAAAUCUAAUACGUUUAGUGCUGCUUGUUCACAAAUAUUGCGUGCAUACGCUGUCUACAGCAUAUCGUGGCUUAGAGCAGCAACUAACCUCAUGCGGCAUAGAAUUACAAACACCAGUGUUAGAGCAACGAAAUCCAUUCCCCGAUUCAGUUGGUAAUGGUGGUGGUGAGGAUAAUGCUUCAUCAGCCCUUAUGCCAUUAUCACAAGCUUGGUUAUUAGCUGGUGCAUUGCCACCACUUUAUUCUAAACCGCAAACUGUUGCAUCUCCCAGUAGUAAUAAAGCUUCAGCAGCACAAAUAUUCAAAGAAAAGCUGUCAAUGAUGCCAUCACAUUGGACACUGCUUUAUGAUUCGAAUGAUCAUGGUGUUGGUGCCAAUCGCUUUUUGCAUCAUGUACUCGGCUAUCGUGGACCCACUUUAGUUUUAUUGCAUACAAAGGAUGGGCAAACAUAUUGUAUUGCCGCACCAAAUGAAUGGAAGGAAACACAUCUAUUUACAGGCAGUGAAGGGAGUUGUGUUGUGCAGCUAUUACCUAAAUUUGUGAUAUUAGAACAGAAACCGAACAUUUUAUACUUAAACACAAGCAUACGUGGUUAUCCUAAAGGAUUACGUGCUGGUUCCGAUCCACGAAAACCUAUUUUAUCGGUUGAUGAACAUUUUGAGAAAAUUGAUUGCAAAGGCAUUGCAGCAGUGUUAUUAUCUAUUGAGGUUUGGGGUUGUGGCGAUAAGACAUCACGGGAAGUGCAAUUGGAUAUUAAAAAAUGGCAAAUAAAAGAGGCGGAACGACAACGCACAGUUAAACUGACAGCUGCAGAUUGGAUGGAUCAUCCAGAUCGUUAUCUUUUAGAAUUGGGAGGUCGACAAAAUUAUAAUAAUUAAAAGUCGAAAAAAAAUAACUAAGUUGUAUACAGCCGAAAAAGACAUUUAAGUUGUUAAUUGUGCCUUCCUCUCUCUUCACUGCAAUCUUGGGUGAAUUGUGAUUGAUCCAGUUUUUAUUAAAUUUAAAUUUUUUUAAAAAUUACUUAAAUUUAUUUUUUAAUAUUAAAAAAAAUUCUUCAACUUAUUAAAAAAAAGAAAGUAUUUUACAAACAAUCCAGCCUAACUAUAAUUUUCCUUAAAUCUGUUUUCCUUUUGGCCACACAGUGAUUAUAUAUACGUAUAUUGCUAUAUAUGUAUAUUUUAAAUAGUAUUUUUUUUUUGUUA